CCGAUCAAUACAAGUUGGCAACAUCGAGGCAUACUCUCGGAACCGUUUCCGAUGAAGAGAGAGUAGGGGAGACGUGAGAGAAAAAAGGGAACUGUCAUCCAGCCAAGUGUUAUGCGGAGGAAGGGAAUAGAAGUCAUGAAGAUAUCGAAGAUAUCGCGAAGUAUUAGGAUGUGUACCACAUUCUGCCUCAUCCCAGGAUAUAUAUCGUUCUGUUUAGUAAUUUAUUUACAAAUUGUUCAAUACGAUAAGAUAUGCCCUGCUGAAAAAAACAGUUAUACCAUGGUAGAAAGAAAUACAUACUCGCAAAACAAAACAGGGGAUUGGUUUGUUUUAAAGUGCCAGUCGCAACGGAUGAUUCUGAAUUAUUCUACAAAGCCUCAACCAAGAACUUCCCCCGAGGGAAGAGCGGGAAGAGCAGAAUAUAACAAGGCAAAAGGGGAUGGGAGAAAGAUGCGUAUAGCGCAUAAUAAUUCACAGGACAAUGAUGCAAAUGGUCAUACCCUGCGACUACAUAACACAAAUAAUUAUGGAAAACGAAUCAUUUUGCCGUAUGACUUUAACUGGACGAUAAAUGAGCCUUUCAAAUGCCACAACAUUGAUGGUAGCAAUAGGGAAGUCUACUUUUUGGUGCUAAUUACCAGCGUCCAUGCGCAUGUUUCAAAGCGGAAUGCCAUACGCAAAACAUGGGGAAGUCCCAAAGAAAUUCACGACAGAAAAAUUGUUACUCUGUUUCUCCUUGCCAAAAACACGGAAAUUAAAAAACAAUUGUUGAUUGAAAAGGAAAGCAAACAUUAUAAGGAUAUGCUCAUGGGAGACUUCAUGGACACUUACAAAAACCUUACACUCAAAACAUUAAUGGGUAUAAAAUGGGCUACUUCUUUUUGCCCGCAUGUCAAGUACAUAAUGAAGACUGAUGAUGAUAUGUAUGUAAACUAUGGUAAUAUGAUCAUGCACCUUUCUGAUCCUAAAACUCCAACUUCAAACUAUGUGUUUGGAGAUGUUCGAAACGCCAAGCCAAUCCGCAAUCCCCGAAGCAAAAAUUAUAUGCCAUUUGAAGAAUACCCUGGAGAAAAAUAUCCACCAUUUUGUUCAGGGACAGGCUACGUGUUUUCUGGAGAUGUAGCGUUGAAAGUGUAUAAAGCAGCGCAUAACAUACCUUUUAUUUAUCUUGAGGACGUCUUUUUGGGUAUUUGCUUACUUUCCCUUCAAAUAAAACCUGUCACGCACGAAGGUUUUUACACUAAGAGAACAUCAUAUUCUUACUGCAAAUACAAGAAAAGUUUCACAAUCCACUACGUCAAUCCUGAACAAAUGCAGAAAAUAUGGGUUGACCAGAAGACCCUAAAAGGGUACAAAUGUGAUUGACAGCUACAUGUUACCUGUCACAUAGAAGGUCCUUUUUGUGCGCAUGUGCUCUGAUGAAACAAAAACAACGAGUACCAUCGGUUUAUACGCGUAAAUUAAAAAUAGUGUGAAAAAAUAUACUCAUGCAAGUAGUGUGGGUACACCCCCCCCCCCCAAAAAAAAAAAAAAAAAAAAAAAAAAAAAUCACCUUUAUGAUGGCAUUUAACCUGAAGGCAAUUUAUUAAGUCCCAAAAAUUACAAACUAAAACUUCAUAUUUUCUUAUAGUGGAACGAUAUCUUAUUUGUCUAAUUGCAACAUGGUAGUACAUACUAUCUUGAUGAUAGAACAGCCCUUCGCUUGAUCAUAAUUGUUUUCCCCUGUUGAUAUUAAACCAGUAAUUUUUUCCAAUGGUAUUUAAUUUAUAUUAUAUAUGUAUUGAUUGGGAUGUAAGUCACAUAACAUUUUUCAUAUUAUGUCCGCUAAAGGUUAGUGGGCUUAACAACAACCCUUAAGUAUAGCAAUAUUGUUUUUGUGUCACUAUUUCAUGGCGAACAUCAUUGUAUUGCCAACAUAAUUGUGUGAUGUCAACUUAAACACUUUCUAAAUAUCCAAUGGAGAACUGGUAAGCAUUACAAGUUUAAAUGUUCAAAUGUCGAUGACUAAAAGCUAGAAGAAUAUAAUUUCUUGGUGUGCAGGUAAACAUGGUUAUCUUGACAUGCAUCGUUAUGAUAAUGUUUUAAUUUUGUACUACAGACAACUGGGAUAUAAAUAUGACCAUUUAACAUGACAUAUAUUGACAAUGGGUGGUCAGUGACCUACAAAAAUAAAAUAUCUAUACAGAGUGAGUCAGAAAAAAGUCCCAUCAAUUGCUGUCUUGUUUAAAAUAUUAUGGAUUGCCUUAUUGAUAUGUCCUCAUAGAGUUAUUCCACAUGCUCGUUUUUUUUUACAUUUUAAUGCGGAUAACUGCAUGCACGACUGACUACAAGACAAUCUCCCGGAGGUCGUACAAUCUCAGUUGCGCCAAGUUACUGCGUGAAUAAUGGAACAAAAUGUGAAAAAGGUAACUUCUGUGCAGGCAUCGUUCCACACACAGGCACACCCACCCUCCUUUGCGCUAUACUAUUGGCAACAAAUGGAUCUUAAGGAGUUAAUAUGAUUUUUUUUAUUACGUUUUACUUUCCUCUCUUGUUCAAUCUUAGGUUGAAUGUUCUUUAAACAGAAAAUCGGAAAAGUACCUUCACAGGAAUACAACUAUUUCCUAAAUAUAUACUUCUCAGUAGCAAACAAAAGUUUACCCGUCUCUACCCCUUUUCAGUGUUUGAACUUUUAACAAAACUCUACAAAUAGUGUUCAUAGGAAUUCUUAACACAAAAAAUAAUAAUAAUGAUAAUAAUAAAUGAAUAGCGUUACCUUGAAAUUCGCUCAUGCUACAACUCUCGUUUUCCUUUUUAAAUGAUUUUUUUUUCUUAAAGAAUAAUGCCAUCAAUUGUUAAUUUAUUUUAAUCAAAUGAAUAUAAUCCCCAAGCAGAUCAAUAAAAUGUGUAAAAACAUGUUCACAUACAUUUUGUGUUUAUACAUAUUGUUUAUUACUGUAUUAAAUCUUGUUCAUCACUUGCCUAUUAUUUUCGUUAUUGAUAUUAUCUGUCGAUCUCUUUGUUAAGAGGGCCACAUGCAAGACCACCAAAUUGGUGGUAUAUGCUAACCUUUAUAAACAUCAGAAAAUAAUGAAUGAAGUAAUGAAUAAAUAGAUAAACUGGAAUUUCGGAA